AUGGAUUAUCCUGAAGAUAAAGGAGAUAAAGGCUCUGCUCCAAGUUGCAGCAGCAUAAGCAGCAUAGGAUCAGGAUCAAUUUCCAAAGUGGAGUUCCUAGAAGCCAGGAUCCAAUGGCAAGAAAAAAUAAUAAAGGAUCUUGAGCAAGAGCGCAAUUUCUUGCGUGAGCAAAUCAUGGGAAAGAAGAGAUCAUCUCAACCUAAAGUAUUUACUUUGGAGGACGACAACGAGGAUGAUGACGGCAACAUGGAUGAAGAUGAUGUCAUUCCCCCAUCUUCUCCAGACAUCAGUGAGUCCCCGGACAGUGAUGUUGUCAUCCAAAGAAGGAAGAAACGUCGGACACAGCCACCUGCAUUUGCAACUGUGUCUGUGCCUGGAAAAGCUCAUGUAAGAGUGAAAGGGCCAGCUGAGGUUAUCAGCAGAUAUAAAAAAGUCUUGAAAAGCUUAAAAGUCCACACCAUGACUGAAGCCUUCAGAAUCAAAGGCGUGGACCGGGGAACCAUCAAGAUGACUGCUGCAAUUGCAGAGCUCAGCAUUGUGGAUCCUGUAACCUUCAACACCCUGAAGUAUGAUCCUGCAACUGAGACCCUGCAGUCCUUUGCUAAGAGGUGUGCAACACACAUAACCUCUGAGAAGAAGAGCAUUAUAAAGGACAUGAAGGCCACAGGUCAACUCCUCCCCUUGUUGAUGAAAUAUUAG